AUGAGGCGAAUCUUCGGUACGUCAUCGAAAAAAACGCCGGAGCCAAAUUUGACUGAUGCAAUUGCUAGUAUUGAUUCACGUUCCGAAAGUAUAGAUAAAAAAAUUGCUCGAUUAGAUGCAGAGCUUGUAAAAUAUAAAGAUGAGCUAAGGAAAAUGCGUGAAGGACCGGGCAAGAAUCAGGUGAAGCAGAAAGCAUUACGAAUACUGAAACAAAAACGGAUGUAUGAAAAUCAGCGUGAUCAGCUUGGUCAGCAAUCUUUCAAUAUGGAACAGAGUAAUUUUGCUAUACAAGGAAUGAAGGAUACCCAGUCAACUGUAUUGGCUAUGAAACAAGGCUUGAAAACUAUGCAAAAGGAGUACAAGAAAUUGGAUAUAGACAAAAUUGACAGACUUCAAGAUGAAAUGGAAGAUAUGCUCGAUAUGAAUAAUGAAAUUCAGGAGGCUAUGUCUCGCCAGUAUGAAACCCCAGAUAUUGAUGAGGCAGAUUUGGAAGCUGAACUGGAUGCUCUAGGAAAUGAACUAGAAGCUGAUACAGAUACUUCAUAUUUAGACGAAGCACUAAAUGCACCAGGUGUUCCAUCAAGAGAACCAGGGGCUGCAAGAGGUAUUGCAGUAGAUGAGUUUGGCUUACCGCAAGUUCCUGCGCACAAUUAA